GAUGGACCAGCGAGGCAGGGCUAUUGUCGCGAAUCCUGUGACUGAGGGUCUCUGGUUGUUUGCUGUAAAAUUAAAAAAGGCGAGUGGUAAUGAGUGAUACAUGUACAUACAUAUGCUCCAAAUAAAUUACAUAGCCGUCGUCUCUCUCUACCCUCCACUACUCAUUUCACCUUUUUCUGUCUUUACAAUUACAGGGGUGGUACUAAAAGGAGAUGACCCUCUUACUCCACGCUCACUACAUUGCUUCUUCUCUAGCCAUUUUCACGCCUUGUUAUUUGAUUUAUUAUUCCAUGUUGUUAUAAUAAUUUGUUUAUCACCACCAUGCCUCGAUAUCGUAAACCUCAGAUUUGAAUCGGGAAGUAUCCGCAUUCCUUCCUCUUUCUCUCUCUCCCCCCUCUUCUGUCUCCUAUAUUUGUACCCAACUUCUCUCCCCUUCAAGCUCCCUUUGAUGUACACAUGUAGUUGAGAUCUCCUCAACUUUUCUGGUUAUAGAUUUCAAAGCUGUUUGAAGAUUCGAGCUUCAUUUUCCACUCUUUCUGUUAUUUUGUUUCCUUUGUGACAGAUUUUGCUGAUGGCACAUAAAAAUCUGCACGAGCUGUUGCAGGAAGAUCAGGAGCCCUUCCUUCUGAAGAACUACAUUGCAGACAGACGUUGCCAACUCAAGCGACCCCUACCCAAGACCCGUAUACAACUCAAGAAACGAAAACCCAUCUCAGAAACCUCGAGCUUUUCCGGAAAUUUCUGUAAAAAUGCAUGCCUUUUCUCCUUCCACGACUCGCCGGACGUCAAAAAGUCCCCACUUUGGUCCCCGGCCAAAAGCCCCCGCAAAAACUCAAAUGCCAUUUUCCUCCAUAUCCCCGCCAGAACAGCAGCUAUGCUUCUUGAAGCUGCGCUGAGGAUUCAAAAACAGUCUUCUCCAAAACCCAAAGCCCAGAACAAGAACGUGGGCUUUGGUAUAUUCGGGUCUAUAAUGAAGAGACUAACUCAGCGUAACCGGAAUCGAAAGCGCGAAAUCGAGGGUGAUGGUCUUAGGGUUUCUGUGAAGGAUAUUCUGAGGUGGGAUUCGUCGGUUGGGCGUAAAAAAUUCACGGAAGAUUUCAAGAAUGUUUCAGAGGAAAUGGUGGGAGUGGAGGAGAAAAGUGCUUCUGAAAUGGGGUUUUCAUGCUCUUGUAACGGAAGACUUAGUAGUGUUUGGUCUGAGAGCAAUGAAGAGAAGUCUUUGGACAUGGAGACCUCUAGCAGUAGCCAGUCCGAGGUCUCUGCAGAGAUUAUUGACUUCGUAUCUAAAGAGAGACAAAAUGGUGAUUUUGCUUCUUGUGAGAAGGAUUUUUGUACAAGCCCCUUUCGCUUUGUUCUUCAACGGAGCCCGUCGUCAGGACGCCAUACGCCAAACUUCUCCUCGCCGGCAACAUCCCCAGGUCGCCACAGGUCUCAGGACAAAGAGAACAACUAUGAAGGAGAGAGCUUAAUAGAAGAAGAGGAAGAAGAGAAGGAACAGUUCAGUCCUGUAUCCAUAUUGGACCCUCCCUUCGAAGACGACGAUGAUGGACACGAAGGAGAUGAUGAUGGUGAUGAUGAUGGCAGUUUUGAUCUUGAAUGCAGCUACGCCAUUGUACAGAGAGCAAAGCAGCAGCUACUACACAAGCUUCGUAGAUUUGAGAAAUUGGCUGAGUUGGAUCCUAUUGAGCUUGAGAAGAGGAUGCUAGAAGGACUAGAUGAUGAUAACAAUGAUGCGGCCCAGUGGGAUGCAGAAUCAGAGGAUUGUGUAGAUGAUGAUGAGUCAAUAGCAUCAGAUAGGGAAAAGAAGGUAGAUGAUUUUGUAAGAGAAGUCCUUAACAAAUCAGGGUUCCACCAUUUUCAGGGAAUUCCCCAGGACAUGAAGAGACUGGUGUCUGAUCUCAUUGCCCAGGAAGAGAGAGAACAACAGUGCUCAAGGAGUAGGGAGGUGGUGGUGGAAAGGGUUUGCAAGAGGUUGGAGUCUUGGACAGAGGUGGAAUCCAACACCAUUGACAUGAUGGUGGAAUUGGACUUCAGAAGAGAGCUUAGUGGGUGGAGUAAAAACCAGGAGCAGGUUGACGAGGCGGCAAUAGAGAUUGAGCUAGCCAUCUUUGGGCUACUGGUGGAGGAGGUGUCAGAGGAACUCGUUUGUUUAAAAGGAAUUUAAUGGGGAGACUUUCUAAAGUUCCUCUGUUCAACCUAAUUGAAUUUUGGUUACAAAUUAAUCUUUUAUUUUUUCAAUUUUUAAGUUUGAUUGGAGGAUCAUAGUCUGACUUGCAGUGUCUAGGAAAAUGACCCAACAAGGAUCUUAGUUAGAUGGUAGCAUGGUAUUAUGUAUUUGUAUCAUGUAUGUAUCUUACUUGCUUUAUGAGACAUUACAUGUACAUCGCA